AUGUCCUGCCACUCCAGCCAGAUGAUCCUUUCCGCCGAGACCUACAGCGACCGGGGGACCGAGGGCACUCCCUCGGAGGUUCUUUCUUCUCGCAGCCCCCGGUCUGAGCGUUGCGAUGAAGACUAUGAGGUCACGUGCGAGGUGAUCGUGAAGAGCACUUUCAUCCACGUUGAUGACGGCUGUGGCCUCAUGCGGCUUUACAGACGCCUGCGCCGAAGCCAAACCGACUUCAUCACGUCAGCCGUGUGUGAAGAGGUUGAUGAGCCUGGAAAGGGCAUGGAAGACCCGCCCAAGCAGGACGACAGCCCUUCUGCUUCCAACAACUCGACAGAGAAGCUUGAAGUGGCCGUGAAGCCGAGUCAUCAGGUGGAGAGCAAGACAACAGUGAUGUUGCGAAAUGUGCCCAACGAUUACACGCGGGAAAUGCUCUUGGAGUUGUUGGACUCGAAAGGCUUUGCUGGCCGAUACAACUUCGCAUACCUGCCCUGCGACUUUUAUCGCGAUGCCAACCUCGGCUACGCCUUCGUGAACCUCGUGGACAGAGUGGCCGUGGACGACAUGUGGGCAGCCUUCGACGGAUUUGCGAGCUGGUCGCUGCCCACGACCAAGGUCUGUCAGGUGCGCUGGAGCAGUCCGCACCAGGGUUUCGAGGCCCACGUCGAGCGCUACCGGAACAGCCCGGUCAUGCACCGCUGCGUGCCAGACGAGUAUAAGCCCGUCAUCUUCCAGCUUGGCGUGCGACAGCCGUUUCCACCGCCCACGAAGACGGUCAAAGCACCGAUGAUUGGGUUUAGGGUUUAG